GCCCUCUAUUGUUAAUGAUUGACAAACCCAAAUUAUGUCAUGUACGUAUUGAAGAGGACGGUAUGGACUGAACGCCCGCCCACUUUCGAUUUGACUUGUUGAUCAUCGCAAUGCUCCCAUUGCAGUAGCCGGGCCUGUGCAUUUAUCAAGAAUAAUCUAUCAUCCGACACAACAAAAGCAAGACCUUGUACAUAGUUGUACCCACCACCGCUUCUGCAAUAACUGGAUAGGCAACGCAGAGAGGAUUUGCAAUCCAUAAAAGAUGUCGUUUGGCCAUGGAGACUUUGGAGGGCCGGGAGGGGGUGCGUAUAGCGAUGGGGGUUACUCCACAUACAACUCUGGCUCUGGAGGGCGGAACAGCUCCGCAGCAGAUCAGAACAGACUGAUGCAAGGCAUUGGCUCCAACAUACAGAAAAUCUCCCAGAAUGUGAAAGAAAUUGAGCGGAUCAUCCCUCGGCUGGGAACGCCCGACGACAACAAGACUCUCAGAUCAAAACUUGAUGAAGUCCAGCACUACACCAAUCAAUUAGCCAAGGACACAAACCGGAUGCUGAAGGACCUCAACAAUGCCCCGGCUUCGGUAUCCCAAUCAGACCAGAGGCAGCAGAGGAUGCAGAAGGAGCGAUUCACCAGCGAUUUCUCGGCGGCGCUGAACCAGUUCCAGAGAGUCCAACGAGAGGCAGCCCAGAAGGAACGAGAGGGGGUCAAGCGAGUCCGGGCCAACUCAGGAUAUGGGGAUGAUUAUGAUGAAGGACCCAAUGCUCUCAUCAAUUGGGAAGGUAGUGGUUCCCAGCCCCCAGCGAUGCAGCAGAGCCAAUUCCAACAGGAGGACUUCGAAGCCCUGAAGGAAAGAGAGGCCCAACUCCACAAACUGGAGUCGGACAUCGUCGACGUGAACACAAUCUUCAAAGAUCUGGCAACGAUGGUUCACGAGCAGGGAGACACGAUCGAUAGCAUAGAGGCAAACGUCGAAACGGCCGAGGUUCACGUUGAGCAAGCCAACACACAGCUAGUGAAUGCCAAGACAUAUCAGUCUAAAGCUCGGAGGAAAAAAAUCCUGAUCACCGUGUGCUGUGUGGUACUCCUUGGGGCCAUAGCCCUCUUUAUCUAUCUCGUGGUCCCCAAGAACUAGCUGGCCACCCGCUCACCGCUGACUCAUUUCGCUUUGAGCAAGGCUCGGCGUAAGAAGUUCAUCAUCUUCAUCUGCAUUCUUGUCCUCUUGGCCGUUCUUGGGGUCAUCAUCUACCUUGUUGUUCCAAAGAACUAAUCAUGACUCCUUUUGAGAUCGAGACAUACAAACAUUGGUAACAAAUGUUUGUUUGUUUUUUCCCCCUUUUUUUAUUAAUUUUUUUUUUUGUCAAAGAAUACUGAUAAUAUGAGAUGUUCAAAGGAAUGGAUUCCUGUAAUAACUCUCUAAACUUAUAAAAACACAUUUAUAUUCCUAAGUGCAAAGAGGCAAGUUGGGGUAAAGUUGCUUGCUCACGAAUAGUUAAAGAGUUAUUGCAGUUCAAAUAUGGAAAAAGAAGUUCUGUCAACGUUUCAGUUAGAGUACUCUGGUCAUCUUUAUGAGACAUGUACAUUGAAAAUGUACAACGCAAAAUUCUUAAUCACUCCUGUUAUGAAAAAAUGCUAAGCACUGUUUACAUUUAUUUUGCUGUGAACAUUAUUUUUAGUUUUCCUUACAACACUAACGUACAAUUUGUUGUGAAAACUCUUUUCCCCAAUUUACAACAUUGUAACAUUUACAUAGAUUUUCGGACAGAAAGAUAAAUUGCAAAAUUUACACAGACUACUUACAAAGUCAUUCGCGCCGCAACUGUGCAACCAGUAUGAAUAUUUCUGCAGCUAGUUCUAAUAAACGAGAUUAUUUACUAAAGUGGCCCGGUACAAGGAACCUCGUUGUAAACCGUACUGUUUUUUAAGGUCUAGCUGUACAUGAAAAAACAAUAUAUGUGACGUGAUGUUUUCAAAUGUGUUAACCAAUUGUUAAAAAAAAAUAGAAGCAAGAUUGUAAAUAUUGAUAAAUCUGUUUAAUGGUUUACAUUGGGAAAGGCGGAACGUAUGUGCUGUAUCAUGUGUGCUGAAGCUCAUCAUGAUAAUCAUAAUCCUUAUCCUUAUCAUGAUAAGAGUAUCAGUAGAGUACAAAGGUUUAAAAACCAAAAUCGUGUGCAAGGGCGGAUCCAGAACACAAUUUUUUUUGGGGGGGGCCAAAAAAAAGUUUGGUCCCCC